AUGGUGAGUAAGUGGUGUCUUAACAACUUGGAAGUGGAAUUAAAGGAGGUUGAAGGUGAGGUAGCAUUCGGUCAUACAAGAAGAAAAUCAACAAGAUCGACUCCAAAAAGGGAGAAAAAAGAUAAAGUUGUGCGAAUAAAAAAGGAAAAAUCAGAAAAGGAAGAAGACGAUGAUUACGAUCCUAAAAAAGCUACAAAGAUUAAGAAACAAUCAUCCAAAGUGAGAGCACCUAGAAAGAAAAAGGACAAAGUUUACGAAAAAAGUGAUAAAAAGCUGACUUGCAGGAAGUGCAUGGAGGAGUUUGAUAGCCGUAAAGAGCUUUAUGAUCAUGGUAAAACCCAUCAAUCCGAAAAAAAUAAUGAAGAAAAACACACAUUUCGCUACGAUGAAGAGUUGGAUCAGUACUUUUGCAACACUUGCCUAGAAGAGUUUCCAAGUCAGGAUAGUGUAGAGCAACACAUUGGCAAAGUACACGUGGAAAAAUUCGCAUGCGAGACCUGCAAUGAAGUUUGUAAUAGCGUCUUUAACUUUGCUUUGCAUUUAAAAACGCACACUGGAGGGGACAGCUAUUCCUGUCCCUUGUGUAGCUAUACUUGCAUUAGAAGAGCCGGCUUGUCCACUCACAUCAACAGAGUGCACUACCACAAGUUUUACUACUACUGCAAAGAUUGUGGCAAAGGAUUCAACGAUGGCGUGUUGUUUAAGGAACACGGGAAUGAACACUUGGGUAUAAAACCUUUUGUCUGUGUCGUUUGCAAUAAGGAUUUUGUUUUCUCGCGAUACCUCUUGGUGCACCAAGUUAGAUACCAUACGGUUCACAUUGAGGGUAUUCUACAUAAAACCCAGUGCAGUAUUUGUAUGAAGGUGUUCAGCAAAGUGGCAACACUGCUGAAACACAUAACCACCAAACACAACCCGAAUGAAGAUCCAAACCAACGCAAACAUUUAUGUGAUAUGUGCGGAAAAGGUUUUGGGUCUUCGGACAAACUCAAGAUUCACUACAGAGUUCAUACCGGUGACAAGCCUUUCUCAUGCGGAUUCUGCGGAAAAAGCUUCACCAAAAAGGACUAUUUGGUGAUGCACGAGAGAGUGCACACUGGGGAGAAACCCUACAGUUGCGAGUAUUGCGGAAAAUGCUUCAACCAGGCUUCUUCAUUGAGAAUCCAUGUGCGUGGCCAUACUGGAGAAAGACCCUACAUUUGCCAGUUUUGCAGUGUAGGAUACAUUUCCAGAGGUUCUCUUAAUAUACACAUGAAAAUUUGUAACGGAGCUGUUUAG